GUAUCACAGCCUGGGCUGGGCCGGGCUUGCUGACGGCUCUCCUUCCGUCUCCAUCUCGAGUUGGCUGAAUUCUUUGUCACGGAGACAAAGGGCUGGACUUUGGCUGUCGCCAGAUUCAUGAUCCCGCCGGAGCAGAUGGAGGCCGCAAGUGUCUGCGGCUGUUGUGGAGCUUUGCGUCCCCGUUACAAGAGGCUGGUUGACAACAUUUUCCCCGAGGAUCCAGAGGAUGGUCUGGUGAAAACCAACAUGGAGAAACUGACUUUCUAUGCACUCUCUGCUCCCGAGAAGCUCGACCGCAUUGGCGCUUACCUGUCAGAAAAACUGAUCCGAGAUGUGAGCAGGCACCGAUACGGGUACGUCUGCAUUGCGAUGGAAGCCCUGGACCAGCUACUGAUGGCCUGCCAUUGCCAGAGCAUCAAUCUUUUCGUGGAGAGCUUCCUGAAGAUGGUGGCCAAGCUGCUGGAGUCAGAGAAGCCAGACCUGCAGAUCCUCGGCACAAACUCAUUUGUGAAAUUUGCAAACAUCGAGGAGGACACCCCGUCGUAUCACAGGAGCUACGACUUCUUCGUCUCUCGCUUCAGCGAAAUGUGUCAUUCCAGCCACGACGACAUGGACACCCGGACAAAAAUCCGGAUGUCUGGGAUCAAAGGUCUCCAAGGCGUGGUGCGGAAGACAGUGAAUGACGAGCUUCAGGCCAACAUUUGGGACCCUCACCACAUGGAUAAGAUUGUCCCUUCGCUGCUCUUCAACCUUCAGCAUGCGGAGGAAACUGAAAGCCGUUCUCCGUCUCCCUUGCAAACAACCGAGAAGGAGAAAGAAAACCCAGCAGAGCUGGCCGAGCGAUGCCUGAGGGAGCUGCUGGGCCGGGCAGCUUACGGUAACAUCAAAAACGCCAUCAAACCUGUCCUCAUCCACCUGGACAACCACACGCUGUGGGAGCCAAAGACGUUCGCCAUCCACUGCUUUAAGAUCAUCAUGUACUCGAUCCAGCCCCAGCACUCUCACCUCGUGAUCCAGCAGCUUCUAAGCCACUUGGAUGCCAACAGCAGGAGCGCGGCCACGGUUCGGGCCGGGAUAGUGGAGGUCCUGUCGGAGGCCGCCGUCAUCGCAGCCUCGGGAUCGGUUGGGCCAACAGUCAAGGAAAAAUUAGCUAGUUUGCUCCUCCAAGUUAUAUAGAGAGACAAAUCCUUAACUGGCAGCCACGAUGGCUGUGUUCUGCCUCUACAGUUGGAGUCAGAAAUCCUGGAAACUGGACCGUCUUGCAUGCUCUCUUCCUGCUGUCUUUCUUUAGGUUCGUUUGCCAGCACCCUGCCCACCUAUCAGAGGUCGGAGGUCAUGCUUUUUAUCAUGAGCAAAGUCCCUCUUCCUUCUCUGCACCACCCUCUAGACACGGGGAAAGCUGGGGAGAAUAGGAAUCGGCUGACGCAGAUCAUGCUUCUGAAAUCCCUCCUCCAGGUCUCCACCGGCUUCCAGUGCAGCAACAUGCUCACAGCUCUGCCCAGCUCCUUCCUGGACCGGCUCCUGUCGGCGGCUCUGAUGGAGGACGCAGAGAUCCGCCUCUUUGUCCUCCAGAUCCUCAUCAGCUUCAUCGACCGCCACGGGAACAAGCACAAGUUCCAGACCAUCAGCACCAUCAGUGAUAUCUCCAUCCUGAAGCUGAAAGUGGACAAGUGCUCCCGCCAGGAUACCGUCUUCAUGAAAAAGCACUCGCAACAGCUCUAUCGCCACAUGUACUUGACGUGCAAGGAGGAGAGCAACGGGCGGGCGCAUUACGAGGCCAUCUACAGCCUGCUGGCUCUCACCAGCAUCGAGCUGGCCAACGAGGAGGUGGUGGUGGACCUCAUCCGGCUGGCACUGGCCAUGCAGGAGCUGGCCCUGGUGAACGAGGACAACCUGCCUUUAUACUGCCGCUGUGCCCUCUAUGCCCUCGGCGCCGCCUACCUGAACCUGAUCAGCCAGCUGACCACGGUGCCCGCCUUCUGCCAGCACAUCCACGAGGUCAUUGAGAUGAGGCAGAAGGAGGCGCCCUACCUGCUUCCUGAAGGCGUGUUUGCAGAGAAGCCCAGGCUGUCGAGGAACCUGGACCGCCUGGGCCCCGAGAUCCUCUUUCGGCAGAGCAAGAUCAGCGAGGUCCUGGGGGGCAGCGGCUACAAUUCGGACCGGCUCAGCACCCCUUAUAUCCCCCAGCUGACAGAUGAAGAUCGGCUGUCAAAGAGAAAGAGCAUUGGCGAGACCAUCUCCCUGCAGGUGGAAGUGGAGUCCAGAAAUAGCCCCGAAAAAGAGGAGAGAGCCCCUGCCGAAGAGAUCACCUACGAAACCUUGAAGAACGCAAUCGUAGACAGCGUUGCGGUGGAGGAACAGGAGCGGGAGAGGAGGAGGCAAGUGGUGGAAAAGUUCCAGAAAGCUCCCUUCGAAGAAAUCGCGGCUCACUGUGGCGCCCGGGCCACGCUCCUGCAGAGCAAGCUCAACCAGAUAUUUGAGAUCACCAUACGCCCUCCUCCAAGCCCCUCGGGGACCAUCACGGCCGCGUAUGGCCAGCCUCAGAGCCACUCCAUUCCGGUCUACGAGAUGAAGUUCCCGGACCUGUGCGUCUACUGAGGGGUCCCGACUGCAUGCCAGGACACGACUGCGGCUUUCAGCCAUCACCCAGGACCAGGCGGAUUGCGAUCCUGCCACCUCCGUGAGCCCAUAGGGGACGGCACCCCCUUUGGACCAUCUUCCAGGCCCCUUCCUCUUCCUUUCCCUCCUUUGUGCUUGACUCAAUUUCCCAUCAUGCGGAAGAGAGCACCCGGGCAGCCUUUGAUGGACAGUUGCAAGAGGCGGGGCGCCAUUUUCGGCCUCCUUUUUUAAAGAAGAUGUUAUAAAAAGUUUUUUGGGAUGGGUCGGGUGUUUCCUCUCUCUCUCUCUCUCCCCUGAACGUGUGUGUUGAUAAUCCAUCGCAUAAAGUCAAUCUAUUCUCUG